GAUCAUUGCAUCGACGUCCUUCGCCAAGGAAUACUCUGCGGUUCUGAUAUCUCACUCUUUCCUGUAGAAUGGCCAUCAGCAGAAGAAAUGCCACGAGCAGACUUCUCGCAUAAACAUACAUGUAAAGAUUGGCGGCGGAUCUUUCAGUAG